GUCUUGUCUCCCUUGGUUACUUCCAGUUGACAUUGGUGGCUAUUUCUCGGUUCUUUCAACGAAGUAAUUUUAAUCAUCUUGUCUUGUCUCCCUUGGUUACUUCCAGUUGACAUUGGUGGCUAUUCCUCGGUUCUUUCAACCAAGUAAUUUUAAUCAUCUUGUCUUGUCUCCCUUGGUUACUUCCAGUUGACAUUGGUGGUUAUUUCUCAGUUUUUUCAACCAAAUAAUAGCCCUCAAGUAGAUUUACAUGUAAUUCAACAAACAAACUGAAAGCUUACUUAGAAAAACUUCUAUAUAAAAAAAUAUUCAGAAUGUUCCUAAAUUAAUAUAUCUUGUAUUUAUUUGAUUUCUAUAUCUGUGCGAGUUCAUAUUUUCACUGCAGGUCCAAAGAUUUACUCGACUUCUGUAGGAAGCAGGUUUCUGGAUGCAAUUUUUAACAUAUAGAUAUCUCUCUUUACAGAGGCAGAAAACUGCAAAUCCCAGAAGACAAGCAGUUCAAUGGAAAAUAACCAAAAAUGGUACGCAAGUCCCAGUGGUGGCGGUGAAGUGUACAGGUGUGUUACGUGUGGCAAAGAAUUUGAAGGGAGUUAUCACCUCAACUUGCAUGUGAGAUCACACACUAGAGAAAGGAAACCAUACAUAUGUUUAGUGUGUGGCAAACAGUUUGGAAGUAAUAGUCAUCUUAAAUCACAUGAGAUGACACACACUGGAGAAAAACCAUACACUUGUUUAGUGUGUGGCAAACAGUUUGGAAGUAGUAACCAUCUUAAAACACAUCAGCGGACACACACUGGGGAAAAACCCUAUAAUUGUGUUGUGUGUGGAAAAGAAUUUGUAACAAAUAGUUACUUAAAAAUACAUCAGAUGAUACACACUGGGGAGAAACCAUACAGUUGUGUAGUGUGUUGCAAACAAUUUGGAAGUAGUACUGCUCUUAAAGUACACCGGAGAUUACACACUGGUGAAAAACCAUACAGUUGUGUAGUGUGUAACAAACAGUUUGUAUGUAGUAGUACUCUUAAAGUACACCAGAGAAUACACACUGGUGAGAAACCAUACAGCUGUUUAGUGUGUGAUAAACAGUUUGUAUGUAGUACUCAUCUUAAAAUACAUCAAAGAAUACAUACCGGGGAGAAACCAUAUAGUUGUGUAAUGUGUGGGAAACAAUUUAUAUCUUCAACUCAUCUUAAACGACAUCAGAGGACACACACUGGGGAGAAAUCCUAAAGUAUUACUCAUCUUAAAAUACAUCAAGGAAUACACACUCGGUAAAAGCCAUACAGUUGCGUAGAGUUUGUAAGUAAUGAUUAACUAAAAAUUCACAAAAGUAUACAUGCUGGAAAGAAACUACAGUUGUGUAAUGAUUUACAAAGAAUUU